UUCUAUUCCUUCUAUUCCCAGUCUGAUGUGCUCAGUGAGGCAUUUAGAGCUUCUUGUCUUUACUUUAUGAUCUUUAAAACAGCACGUUAAUAUCUUAAAUAGAUGUGGUGUUAUUUUGAAUCUCUUAUGGUAUCAUAUUUUAUAUUCCUAUUGGUGCUUUAAGCUGAUCUGUGUUUCUCAGAUCGACUUUAUUCUACUUAUGUUCCCCGUCAUAUUAUCCCUGUAUGUGUGUGUGUCGCUGUAUUGAGAUACUUUAAUGUAUUUUAAAUCCCUUUAACAGUUUGUUUUCAAACGUACUUUGAAUAUUUUAAGGUUUUAGUUGUAUUAUCUUUGACGAUGUGUAUUGGUAUUCUAAAUUGUUAAUGUAUGAGUCAUUUAUAAAGGGUUGAAUUUAAGUGAAUUAAGGUGUAAAUGUAUACAUUAAAAAAAAACACAUUAUUUACACAGUUAUGUUAAGAAGUUGAUCUCAGUGUUCCCACCUGGUACCGAUCUGGUCCAGUGGGCAGCAGUGAUCGGAACACAUGCACUUACUGAUAUAUAAGAGGUAUAACGGGACUAUAAUGGGAGACCUUUCCCCUCACAUCACCUCAACAAUGAGCCUCUGUGUGAGCGGCCUUCAGCACCAGCUCACUGGAUCCUAUCUAAACCUGUGUGUGUUUGUUCUACAGAGGGGCCCGGUCGGUCCCAGAGGCCCUCAGGGGCCAGCCGGUGUAGCAGGCGUGCCCGGAGUGGACGGCAUCGAUGGCGACAGAGGAGAAGACUCCACGGUGGACGGCGGACCAGGCGCUGACGGUGAUAACGGCGCUGACGGAGCUGCAGGAGCUGCAGGCCUUCCAGGAGCAGAUGGACCCGUCGGACCUCCUGGAGAUUCAGGCACAAUCGGCCUCAAAGGACCAAAAGGAGAUAUUGGAGCACGUGGACCUUCCGGAGAGCCCGGUGUCGGACCUGAUGGGCUGGAUGGUCUUCCGGGGACAGACGGGCUGCCAGGUGAACUGGGUAAAGUUGGACCAGCUGGAGCGAGAGGGAAGAGAGGUCCAGUGGGUCUUCCUGGUUCUGCUGGUCAGCGGGGUCCUCCGGGCGUGUAUCAGGGCGAGGACCUGUGUCCUAACGCCUGUCCCGCUGGUCUCAAUGGACAUUCUGGUCUCCCCGGCAUGAAGGGACACAAAGGAGUUAAAGGUGAAUCUGGUGAACCUGGAAGACAAGGACACAAGGGCGAGGAGGGUGAACAAGGACUGCUGGGUGACGUUGGAGCUCAAGGACUACCGGGCCCCGGUGGAGCGAGAGGCCUCCCAGGAAUAACCGGCUCCAAAGGUGACCGGGGAGCUCGUGGGAAAGCAGGAGAUGGAGGUCCUCGGGGAACCCAGGGAGGCCCAGGCGAUGCGGGUCAAAGAGGAGCCAUAGGUGAGCCCGGGCCAGCGGGGGUGCAGGGCGACGGAGGUCCAUCUGGAAUCAGAGGAGUCCCGGGGCCAAAAGGAGGGCCGGGCCUCGCUGGUCCAGAUGGCCGUGAGGGAAUACCCGGGCUGCCGGGGUCCAAGGGUAUUACAGCUAAAAAUGGGGCUCCAGGUGAUGCCGGCCCACAAGGACUUCCUGGUUUACCAGGCGCUUAUGGACAGAAAGGAGUCAGUGGUGCAGCGGGUAACACAGGUGAUCCAGGUGUUGUAGGACUGAUGGGGUCUCCAGGGAAACAAGGCGAGCGUGGCGAGCAGGGCGAGGUGGGACCGGUCGGACCCAGAGGAGGACCGGGAGGACGAGGAGAGAGAGGACCUGACGGGCCUCGAGGAUCACCAGGAGCCAGGGGAGGUAAAGGAGACCUGGGUCUUCCAGGACUUCCUGGUCCUGCUGGUUAUCGUGGUCAGAAUGGCGACCGGGGUGCAGUCGGUCUCGAUGGUCCAACGGGAGACCAGGGAGCUGCAGGAGCUGAAGGAACACCAGGAGACGGUGGAGACCUGGGUGAUCAAGGAGAACCAGGAGAGAAAGGAUCGACCGGCCCGCCAGGAGAGACGGGGAAUAAAGGACCCGAGGGCGGCCGAGGCCAGCAGGGGAAAGAGGGCAAGUCGGGCCAACCGGGACCACGCGGCAUGCAGGGCGACAUGGGGGUACCGGGCCUGCCGGGGUCGCAGGGACCGGCGGGAAAAUCACCGACUGAUACACACAUCAAACAGGUGUGCAUGAGGGUCAUGCAAGAGCAGCUGGCCCAGCUAGCAGCUAGCCUGAGAAGGCCCGAGUCAGGCAUCUCCGGGCUACCCGGUCCCCCCGGCCCCCCUGGACCUCCGGGACCCACCGGAGAGAACGGUUUCCCCGGACACACCGGAUCACGAGGACUGCCCGGUCUGAAGGGUCCGGCUGGGUUGAUGGGUCGCAAAGGACCCAAAGGUGACCAGGGGGACAGAGGGGACAGAGGACCGACAGCGAGAGGAACCAAAGGAGCGCCCGGUGCACCCGGUCUACCAGGUGAACACGGGCGCCCGGCGUACGGUAAAGACGGUCGUGAGGGAGAGCGAGGACCCCGCGGUGUCCCCGGUGCUCUGGGCGUUCCCGGGCCCCCCGGUCCCGCCGGCAUGAACGGUUACUGCGAGUCGUCGCAGUGCGUCCUGCCCAUGGUGGCGUCGCCGGUCUCUGCUAAAGACUCCAGCAUGAAGGGCCCCAGCGACAUGUGAAGAGACUGGAGGAGAAACCACAGCUCCAUGGAACAUCUGGGAAUAUCUGGGAACAUCUGUCCAUGUUUGUCUUUGUCUUUAAUUUGGUGAGCUCAUCUGUAACGUGAUUUAGUUCUCUUGAAGCCAUCUCAACAUGAAGGUGGACCCCGAACAGCUUCUGAAACUCCGUCACAGAGAAAGUUUCAUGUUACCUCACGCUUCGUUACGUUACGCUUCGUUACGGUUCGUUACGGUUCGUUACGCUACAUUAUGCUACGUUCUGUUCCGUUCCGUUCCGUUCCGUUCCGUUCCGUUACGCUACGUUACGUUCCGUUACGCUUCGUUACAUCACGCUUCGUCACAUUACGUUGCGCCAUGUUACGCUACGUUACGCUACGUUCCGCUACGUUACACUUCGUUACGCUACGUUACGCUACGUUACGCUACGUUACGUUACGUUACGCUACGUUACGCUUCGUUACGCUUCGUUACGCUACGUUACGCUGCGUUACGCUGCGUUACGUCGCGUUACGUCGCGCUACGUCGCGCUACGUCGCGCCACGUCACGCCACGUUACGCCUCGUUACGCCUCGCUACGCUACGUUACGCUACGUUACGUUACGUUACGUUACGUUACGUUACGUUACGCUACGCCGCCGUCUCUGUACUGUAAAACUAGAGAAGAAGAAGAAGAAGCCCCGGUUGUAUCCGAGCAACGAGACAAGUCUGAACUGUAUGUUUUUCUGUAAAUGUGUCAAUGCUCAAAGUCUCCAGCUGGACGACGACAUUUAGUUUGUUGAUUAUCCACUUUAACCCCCCCGCCUUCCCCCCCGCUGUGCCUCUUCCUCUCCACGUUCGAUGAUGAGUUCUCCGUCAUGACGACUUGUUUCUGUGAUCGGAGGGCGGCGAGGUGUGAAGACCUUUAUAUGACUUCUUAUUUAUUCUAUCAAGGUUCAAGGUGACAUCUCUGAGUUGUACAAAGGAGGAAAUAAAGACAUUUUGAUAACC